AUGAAGCGGGGAGGCUACCGUCAAAUCAAUAAGGCACUGAAUAUCUCUGCUUUCGAGAACUAUCUGGAUAUCCAGCACGACCAUUUGCCCAAGCUGAACGAUGUCGAGCAGCUGAGUCCGCGCGUCCUUCGUGUGCUGGGCCAAAAUGCAGGGAAGUUUACCCUCCAGGGGACGAACACCUACAUCGUGGGGACCGGUCGAGAGAGGUUGAUCAUCGACACGGGCCAGGGUAUUCCUGAAUGGACGGAUCUCAUCUCUUCUACCCUCAGAGAUUCUGCUAUUACUCUCUCCCACGUGCUCCUGACACAUUGGCACGGCGACCACACUGGCGGUGUUCCUGACCUAAUCCGACUCUACCCUCAUCUCUCCAAUUCGAUCUUCAAACACAGUUCCAGUAACGGUCAGCAGCCUAUUAUUGAUGGCCAGGUAUUCCAUGUCGAGGGUGCCACUGUUCGUGCGAUGCAUUCCCCAGGGCAUUCACACGACCACAUGUGCUUUAUUCUUGAAGAAGAAAACGCAAUGUUCACCGGCGAUAACGUCCUUGGGCACGGCACUAGUGCAGUUGAACUUCUAGGCAUCUGGAUGGCUUCGCUCCGACUGAUGCAGUCGUCCGGCUGCCGGGUAGGAUAUCCAGCGCACGGCGCGGUGAUUGCCGAUCUUCUGGCCAAGAUCGCAGGGGAACUGGACCAGAAGGCGAGACGGGAGGCCCGAGUUGUCCGGACAUUGGCCCGGAACAAGAGGGAAGAGCAGAGCAAGGGCCGAAGCAAGGGAAGCAUGACGGUCCAGGAGCUGGUGACCGCCAUGCAUGGCAAGGGGUUAGACGACCAGGUACGCACAAUGGCGUUGGAACCGUUCAUUAAUGAGGUGCUCGGGAAGCUUGCCGGGGACGGGUGCGUCGCAUUCGAGGUCCGUCGAGGCGAAAAGAGAUGGUUUAUAGUGAAUGAUGUCACAUCCAGCCCGUAA